AGGUACAGAGGCAGCAGCUGUUCUCUUCGCCUCACUGGCAUUGGCUGCUGCAACCGGAAAUUAUUUUGUGAAGACAACACAGGUGCAGAGGUGUCCACUUUUAAUUUACUGAGGCUUCACAUCGCGUAAAAUGGAUCAAUGGAUCAGUCGGUUUUUUUUGUUUUUGUUUUGUAAUCGUCUGACAGCUGUCGAAAUGUUUUGAUAAAAGUUUGGACAGGUCUGGAAGUUAGGACUUAUACUUUGCGGUUUGCCGGUGUCAGGAGAAUAAAACACUGGCUGGUAGUGGGUUUCUUCGUCUCGGUGGUCAUCUCAGUUUACAGUGAAACGCCUUCUUUAUUUCCAGCCAGCCACAUCCCUCCAUCAAGGGCAUGAGCGCAGAGGAGCAGGACAGGCUGCGCUCCCUCUUUCACGCCUACGACGUGGACAACUCCGGGCGGAUCGAGAGAAACGAGUUCCUCACCAUCUGUGCGGAGCUGCAGGUUUCCGCGGCAGAGGCGGACCGUAUAUUUAACCGGCUGGACGUCGAUAACGACGGAACCGUCACCCUGCUGGAGUUCAUCAGCGGCUUCCACGACCGCUACGGAGAGUACAUGGAGUCGGACGGGGGAGAUGUGUCCGUAGCCUGGGAGAACUUCGAGACGAGGCUGGGCGAGCAGGCCAAGUUCAUCCCCAGGCAUGAACAAGCUGCGACAUUGUACCAGAACAUCAGUCUGACUGAGCCCCGACUGAUUCCUCAGUUUGAAAAAGUCAUCUUAAACUUCACCAAAGAGAUCAAACAGCAAAACUCAGAGAUGGAGAACCUGGCUCUCGCCAUUAAACGAGCGCAGGACCAGGCAUCGAUGCAGCUCAGUGAGAUGGAGGAAGAGAUGGACCAACGCAUUCAUGCUGCGGAGAGAAAAACACGGGAGCAGGAGAAGAAGCGAACAGAGGCCGCGCUGAACGAGUUACGAAGAAACUAUGAAACUGAAGUGUGUGAGCUUCAGUGUAAGAUCCAGAGGAUGCAGAUGAUAGAAGAGAAGUACAAGAACAUCACUGUGAAAGACGAGAGCCCAGCGCUGAAGAAGAAGAUCAAUGAGCUGAUGCUGGAGAAUCAGCGAUUAAAACAGGAGCUGUUGAAAUCUCAGACCAAAGUCGCCUGUCUGCAGAGUGACAUGGACUCACUGAAGACAGAGUUAACUGAUCAAAGCAUCAACUCUGAACGAGAUGAGGAGCUCAUGAAACAUUUCUCUGAUGAGCGAGACAUCCUGGAGAGUCAGAUCGAGAUUCUGCAGACAGCCAACAGGAAGCUCCAUGACAGCAAUGAUGGUCUGAGGGCCGCUCUGGAGAGGAUCACAAGGUCUGGUAACGCUGGCUCAGGAGAUAUAAAGGACAGAAACAGAAGUAAAAGCAUCUGCUACACAUCACCAUAUGCUUUAAUGGACAGGUUCUCCCAACGUAUGGAUGAUUUCCCUCUAUACACCCGCCGGCCCAGCUGUGACACUCUGGCCUUAGCCAUGUGUGAUCCAGGCCUGAGGCGCAGACACAGCAGUGAGUGCGAGGUGGACAGCCUGCCGGAGGUCUACAUGGACAGUGGUCUGUCAACACUCAGAGGCUCGCAUGGAGGCUACGACUCUGAGCAGGAUGUCAAAGGGCAGGAAGAAGAGGAGGAGGAAGAGGAAGAGAGAGAGGAGAAGAAAGGGGAGGAUGACAACAAUGAUAGCAUGAUUGGAGAAAACUCUGACACUGAGCCAGCAGAGACACAGGAUGGUGAGUCGGCAUUUGGGUCGGACAGCAGCUCAGUACUAGACUGGAAGCCUACUGAACCCAUUAGUGUCACUCCAGCCCCAACAACACGAAAAGCCCUCAGUGCCAUCAGCGUUCAGAAAGACGACAAGGAUAGCGUUGACCUGGGCUACAUGACAUCAGAGAAGGCCUACAGAAUCGUGUUGGCUGGAGACGCUGCUGUAGGAAAGUCCAGCUUCCUGCUGCGCCUCUGCAAGAACGAAUUCAAACUAAGCUCCAGUGCUACUCUGGGAGUGGAUUUCCAGAUGAAGACACUAAUUGUAGAUGGAGAGCCUGUUUUACUACAACUGUGGGACACUGCAGGACAGGAAAGAUUUCGCAGUAUUGCAAAGUCUUAUUUCCGUCGGGCGGACGGCGUGUUGCUGCUGUACGAUGUCACCUGUGAAAAGAGCUUCCUCAAUGUUAGAGAGUGGGUGGACAUGAUUGAGGAUGUGUCUCAGGAGGAUAUUCCAAUCAUGCUUGUGGGUAAUAAAUGUGAUCUCAGACAACAUGGAUCUAACUGUAUUCCUACCAGCUAUGGAGAAAAACUAGCCAUGACAUACAACACUCUGUUCUGUGAAACUAGCGCCAAAGAUGGUUCCAACAUCCUUGAGGCUGUGCUGCACCUGGCCAGGCUGGUAACAAAACAGGCCACCUUUGAUGAAAAGAGUCAUUAUCAGUCACUGCCCAACUUGGGUGCGCCCAAGAAAAAACCAAACUUCACCUGCUGCACUUGAUCAAACUCAUCUGACUUAAUAUGAACUCAGCACAGGUGGAACAAGGAACACAACUGCAGACACCUGACAAAACAGAGAUUAAACAUAAUCUCUGCAGCAAUGGGAGCAAAUCAUCAUUGUGAAUAACCACAAAAUUUAACGUAUGGAUUAAGUGAAGCAAACAAGUGACAUCAGAGCAGAAUAUCUACGACUUCACAUUAGUUUAGAAUUAUUGUUAUUCAGGGUUAUUUACACAUAAUGAAUUGUGCUGCAUUUCAGCCACAGCUUGAAGUCUUGCUGUUCCUUAUUUUAUGAAUUUGAGAAUGUUUAAGUCAGUGUGAACUUUCUUGCCAUGUGACGUUUAUCAUUUUUUAAAUUAUGCUAUUGUGCACAUUUGCAUAGGUUCCUUCCUCAUAUUUGAUAUGAUUUGUAGUUAGCAGUUGGCCCAGACUGGCACUGCCAUGUUGGGAAGAUAAGCCAAGCAAAUCAUGAAGAGAGAAAGACAACUGUGAAAGUGAAGGAAAAUGUGUGAGAAGGAUCUGAAAGUGAAGCAAAUGUAUGAGCAUGUUUUAAAAGUGACAGUAUGUGAUCCUGAGAAAUAACUGCAUGUGAUAGAGGACAUAUGCUGAGAAAAUAAGGCAAAUAAGAAUAGAUUCCUCAGAUUUACUGUAAGUGAACUGCAUUGAUUGUUGAACACUGAGAACUUAUUAUGAGAUAUAUGAUGAGCCAUGGUGCAGUGUAUGAUUGUAUGACACUCAAAGCUAGUGUAACAACCCAUCAUCUUUAUUAUAUUACCCACAGUGUUACAUUUCUUUUCAAAAGACUUCCAAAUGAGGAUGACUUUGUGUUACAGAUUUUAUAUUUCUGAAGCUGAAGGUAUGGUAGAUUAUUUUCGAUUUGCACAAAUGCUUUAAAUAACUACUGUCACUUUAUCAUCUGGUAUGAGUUAUGAAAAUUAGGUAAACAUGAAAGAGAGGUAGCAGGAAGCAGAUCCUUAUUUUUAUCCCUCUGAUACAGUACAUGUCUAUACUUCUGUUUAAAUACAUAGAAGUGUACAUGUGAGCGAAUAGUCACCACUGAUGUUACGGAGUCUUUUUAUUAUUUCUUUAAUAAUACAAUAUUAUCCAUAGUAUCAGGCUCCUGACAUGUACUGUGUAAAGGUGUCAGUAUAAUGAAAUGAAAUACUUGUUGGAUUCCGAAACAGCAUCUGAAACCCCUCCCCUAAAACCUUGUUAGGAUUGGGGGAUUUGUCCGACUGUUUCUCCUCUCCAAACUUCAUUUAUUGAAUUUCCAAACAAAUAAUAGGUAACAAGUGGAGUGUAAUGUCUAAUCAUUUGUUCAGAUUUUGAUUUGAUAUAGAGAGGAGAUACAAGAAAAAAGGAAAAAGAAUGGCUGAAAGAAACAGGGUUGUGGUCUUAAGACAGGUUUUGUGGAAACUAAUUCCUAUGAAGCAUACUGUUCCCUUUAGACACCACAUGGGUCACAGUCCUGUUUGUGAUGUUGUCACACACCUGACUCCAACAGUCAGACUUUGUACUCACUUUUGAGUCUGGAGGUGAAAAAAACUCAAUAAACACCACUUAGCUACAGUAAAUGUGCAUGUAGCACAGAACCUGUUGCUAUUUAUUUCCAUACAGAUUAAAUUAAUACUUUUUGCUUAAAUGUCUUUGCCAAUGUCAUAAGAAGUGCAACUGUGAAUUCACUGCCAUUGUAACUACGGUUUAUUUGUGUCUGUAUUGAACAUCUUUUUCUCAAUAAAAAAUACUA